GACCGAAACAUCUUUCUUAAUCAUCUCCUUAAUUAUUCUUCUUCUCCAUCUUCUCCUUCAUUCCUUUACCAUAUCCAUCGCACCAAAGCCUAAAACCACAAAACACCACAUAUCAUAUCUUACGAUUACUACAAUAUACACAGCAAAACAGAACAUAGCAAAUGAAAAUGUAAUCCUGUUGAUCUUUUAUAUAUUUCCGGAAAGAAAGCAAAUUAAGGAAUUCUCCAAGCCAAGAUUUUGUUUUCUGCUCAUGGAGGAAAACCCGCAUCGAGUUUCACGUAGAAACCACGGCGGGACCCACUAUCAAAACGACGCCGUCGACGAGGACAACCGUCGACGACGGCAUUACAACCACGGCGACGACGAGACCAAAUGCUCAGGCAAGAGAUGCCGGUCGUGGGCGGCGGCUGCGAUUGCUGACUGUGUAGCGCUUUGUUGCUGUCCAUGUGCGAUCAUAAACCUUCUUACUCUUACUUUCGUCAAGGUCCCGUGGAUGAUAGGACGACGGUGUUUAGGCGGCGGCCGGAAGAGCAAGAAGAAGCGGAAGAAGCUACCUCACAACAGAAGACAACGGCGGGGAAAGAUCAAUGGUGGUGGAGAUGAGUAUCAUCAUCAUCAUCAUAAUAAUAAUAACCAUCAUCACCUCCGGUUUGAGACAACGGAGGGGGGAGAGAAAUGCGGAUGCGGUGGUGGUGGUGGAGGAGGAUGUUAUGGCGGCGGAGAUUAUGAUGAUCACCGGUUUGUGGUAGAGAGAGAUGGGAGUUUGACAAAGGAGGAGGAGGAAGAGAAUGGGGAGAAAACGACAUCGGUUAAAGGAGGAGGAGGAGAUAAUGAUGAGUCGAGAAUAAGUGCAAGAGUUGAAGCCGAGAGAGUGUGGUUAGAGUUGUAUCAGAUUGGUCAUCUUGGAUUUGGUAGAGUCUCCUUCACUGGAAUUCAAUGAUUGACGAUGAUCAAUUUGUAGAAUUUUUAGUUAUAUUCGAAUAAAUAUAUAUAAUGUGAAUCUUUUUAGUUAAUUAUCUGUUCUAUAUAUAUUCUCUAUAUGAUAGAUUGCGUUAGUGAA